AAAAUGGAAGAUGGAGCUUUCGACCUACAUCUUGUCAGCACAGUAAAUGAGUGGAUUUGCGCUAAUUCGGUGAUGCUGUUUAUUUAUCUUUUGAAGUGGGAGCUUGAGAAAAUAACUGGGUGGUGCUGAUGCAGCAAACGAAAGUAGUUGCCAUCAAGCGGGCACUUGGUUCGGAACGAUGGUGUUUAGGCAUGCCUACAUAUUUCCAAUAACUGUUGGCGUGUGGUUUAUUUUCACAUUCCUUCUAACAUAUGGGAUUGCGGUGCUCAACGACGAUGUAGUCCCGGUGUUUCCCUACAUCAGUGAUACGGGAACAUGGGCGCCGGAAAGUUGUAUUUUCGGGCUCAUGCUCAAUCUUGGUGCCCUUAUAAUGGCCGUCACCAUUUACAUCAGAUACAGACAAGUGAGAGAAAUCAGCGAGAAGAACAACGUUGACCAGAAGUUUAUAAAUUACAAUACGAUCUCCCUUUAUUUGGGAUACUUGGCCGCAUUUGGUAUUUGUAUAGUGGGAAACUUUCAGGAGACGAAUGUGUUCUCGGUGCACGUUAUGGGAGCCUUAUUGUGUUUCGGACUGGGAUUCGUAUUUCAGUGCCUCCAGACGAGGAUCAGUUUCGCUCUAUAUCCAAUUGUUGGAAGCAAAAGUAUUAAUAUCAUAAGAUUGAUUUGCUCAUUGAUAUGCACAUUAACUUUCCUGAUUACAUUCAUAUUUGCGGGCUUAUCAAUUAAGGAAUUUACAGGAGAAGACAAGACAAAAUGGAAUGAAGAAGAUGGGGGAUAUACGCUGCACUUUGUCAGUACAGUGGCCGAGUGGAUCCUCGCUAUUUUCACAAUGAUUUAUAUUGUUACAUUUACCAAAGAAUUCAAAACUAUAACAAUAAAAGAACCGGAAAUUACAGUUUAAUUAUAUAUAUUUUAAAAUACACAUCUCGGUAUUAUUAGUGUAUGUAAUAAUUAGGCAUUUAAGAUUUUGAUUAAAUUUUUUCACCUUUUCCUGCACAUCUUUGUUCACAUAUGUCGUACUGAAGUAUUUUUAAAAUAGUACUAGUUUUAUUAGUAAUAUUUUAUUUACGUAAAAUCAGUCUUAUUGAGAAUCCAAUACAUUUUCAGACAUUGUCAUUUUUAAUAAAUACAACCUUUUUAAACUCAAACUUUUUAAAUUCACAAGAAAAUGUGAGAAUAUACAGUAUUAUAUCAACUGUCAAAAUCCAUUCAGAAAUUGUAGAAACCAAAUGUAAAUCAUAUCCGGCAUCAUUUUCCGUCCACUUUAAUUGAUCGUCACCAUCAAAUACCGCCAGAGAACAUGUGGCAGUUAUUGUAAAUAAAAAAUAAAAAGGUAAGGCUAAUGCACUUAAAAUUAACCUUAUGGAUUUCAAACAACAAUCAUUUUGUGUUUUCCAGGUUAGCACAGUCUACAAACAGUUAAUAAAAAUUAAUUUAUAACAAAUUUAUGCUUAAUAUAUAAACAAAAAUGCAUGAAUCAUAAAAUUGUACCUGCAUUAUGAUAUAAAUUGAUCCUAUCAGAAACGCCAUGACAGAUCCUAUAAAGUGAACUGUCAGAUUAACAGUCUCCUGGAAGUUGGCAACAAGGCUUAUUCCAAGACAAGCAGUACAUCCCAGUGCGAAAGCCCAUUUAUUAAUAUUUAGUAAUUUCGGUUUAUACUCUUCAUUUAAACAUAAUUUUAUAUAUUCGUACCUUAUUACCAUACAAAUAAACACUGAAAAUUUA